UGAGUGUCAUUGGCAGCUGUGAGUCUCUCUCUCUCUUUAGGGGGCUGACAGGAGCCAGUUUCUUCAGUGUGUUUGAAGGAGCAGAGGAGAAACUUGUGCUGAUGAAAAUAGUUUGUUGAGCAGGAGAUGAUGGAGAACUGUCGGAUGCUCAUAUUUCUGUGCUAUAUUUCAAAACUCACUUCUGACCGUGUGAAUGUGAGGUUAGUUGGUGGUCACAGUCGCUGUGCUGGUCGAGUGGAGGUUCUUCACAGAGGUCAGUGGGGAACAGUGUGUGAUGAUGGUUGGGAUAUGGCUGAUGCUGCAGUGGUGUGUAGAGAGCUGGACUGUGGAGAACCUGUAGAUGCUGUGGGUGCUGCUCAUUUUGGUCAGGGAUCAGGGCCAGUCUGGUUGGGUACUGUCUUAUGUUUUGGAUCAGAGUCAACACUGGUCAACUGUAGAUCACCAGGAUGGGGUACACAUAACUGUAGUCAUAGUAAAGACGCUGGAGUCAUUUGUACAGACCGUGUGAAUGUGAGGUUGGUUGGUGGUCACAGUCGCUGUGCUGGUCGAGUGGAGGUUCUUCACAGAGGUCAGUGGGGAACAGUGUGUGGUGUUGGUUGGGAUAUGGCUGAUGCUGCAGUGGUGUGUAGAGAGCUGGACUGUGGAGAAUCUGUAGAUGCUGUGGGUGAUGCUCGUUUUGGACCUGGAUUGGAAACAAUUUGGAUGAGUUAUGUCAUGUGUACUGGAUCAGAAUCUACACUAAAGAAAUGUGGGUCAUUUCUACAGGCUGGACAAGGCUGUGGUCCUUUUGGAGAUGCUGGAGUCAUCUGUUCAGGAGUCCGGCUGGUUGGAGGAUCUCGCUGCUCUGGGAGGUUAGAGAUCCUUCAUAAUCAGACGUGGAUGUCAGUGUGUGAUGCUGUCUUUGACCAGCAGGAUGCAGAGGUUGUGUGUAGAGAGCUGGACUGUGGGGCUCCUGUACAGGUGCUGGGAGCAGCUGCUUUUGUCAAAGGAGACACUCAGAUGUGGACACAAGAGAUUCAGUGCAGAGCAAAUGAAUCUCAGAUUCAUCUUUGUCCAACAUCACCAUCACAUGACAACCACUGUUCGCAUGGCAAUGUUGUUGGAUUGAUGUGUGCAGGUCAGAAUUAAAACCAUUUAUAAAAUGUAGUAUUUUUUAUUUUUCAGAUUUUGAGUGGUUUUGCCGUCUCACCUU